CCUACUUGUACAAUACUGAGGCUGGUACAGGGCACUGUGUCAUACGGCAACAUAACAUGAAACAGACCUCAUCAAAUUCUGACAUACAGUGUAAAGCAAAGGCCUGAGUGAAAGGAUCCAUACGUUUUCCCUUCAGCAUGGCACACUGUGUUAAGUCAAACUUCACCGUCGACCCAUCAAACCAAUCAGGCAAUAUUAGUUCUUUAAACGUUUUCGCCAUUUCCCUCCACGGCUUAGUCUCUUCCAUCGGCAUCAUAGAGAACCUCCUCAUCCUCGGGGUGGUGGGCUUCCACGUCCGCCGCUCCGUCAUCAGCGUGUGGAUCCUGAACCUCGCGGCCUCCGACCUGCUCGCCACUUCUUCCCUUCCCUUCUUCACCCUCUACAUGGCACGCGGCAACACCUGGACGCUGGGCAGGACCUUCUGCCGCAUCCACUCCUCCACCUUCUUCCUCAACAUGUUCGUCAGUGGCUUCCUGCUGGCGGCCAUAUCUAUGGACCGCUGCCUGGUGGUGGUGAGACCAGUCUGGGCCCAGAACCACAGGAGCAUCAAACUCGUGAAGAAGAUAUGUGGGGGGAUUUGGGCCUUAGCUGUGGUCUGCACCAUCCCUUUCUUCAUGUUCCGUGACACCAUUCCCCUUCCAAAUGGGAAGAUCCUCUGUUACUACAAUUAUUAUGUAUUCCUCCCCAGUGAGCCGUUUAACCAUGAAGCAUUAUGCAAGCAGCGGAAGGAGGCCUUGGCCUUCAUGAAGCUCUUCCUAGCCUUCCUCAUCCCUCUGCUAAUCAUCAUCCUCAGCUACAUCACCGUGUAUUCCCACCUGGCACGCAGAGGCUACCGACGUUCUUAUCGUUUCGUUCGGCUCGUGGUAGCCGUGGUGGUGAGCUUCGUCCUCUGCUGGGCACCGUACCAUUUAUUCAUCAUCAUGGAGGUGUUAUCUCCCAGAGGGCACCCUAUGCAGAAAUUCGCAGGCGGGUCCCUCCAGGUCGCGGCGACCCUUGGCUUCCUGAACAGCGUCCUGAACCCUGUUCUGUACGUGUUCAGCUGCCCUGACCUGUGCAUCAAGAUCAGACAUUCCCUGGGUGCGGUGAUGGAGAGCGUACUGGCGGAGGACCUGGCCGAACUGGCCCGGCGCCGCAGCACCGCCCGCAGCUCGUUAAGCACCACCACAGAGUUUAUAAAGAAGCCCUCUUCCGUCGCAGCCCUCGGUCUGAAAACAGAGGAGCAGGAGCAGGAGCAGUAUGAAAAUGUUGCUGAACCAACUGAACUAAUGAUGAACCAACUGCACUGAGAACCAGCAGUCAACAGAAAAGUGCUUGUUUUUUUUUAACCAAAGCUCACCAUAUUUACUCUUUAGCCAGCUUCUAGUACGGAUUAUUACUGGUUAUUUCUAUUGUGCACCAUCAGCUAUCAUGACCAUUAGUAGACCGCUGGCUUUUCUGUUGGAAAUUAAAAUUGUCUAAGCUUUGUUAAUCAUUCCUGUCUUAUUCCAUAUCUUUAAGAGUAAAUGUUUGAAUGAUAAACUUGUGCAUCAUCAUCGCGUCACUGCACGUCCCAGAGCUAGAAUCAAUGAGAUGACUUGAAGGUUUCCCCACCACCAAAAUAUUGUUUUUGUAUUUGUUGGAUAAUGUGUUGCCCACAUUUAAUUUAGAACUUACGGAACAGAAUCACAAUCAAGUAUGUUAUAUAUAAGUUUGUGCCUGUUUUACAACUCUAGUCCAUCUCAAAUGUUUUAGACCUUCUCUAACAAAUACAAUGUUUUUACGUGGGUAUAUCUGAUAGAUGUAUAUAUGUAUUAUGCUACUGUUUUUCUCUCUCUCUAUUGUGAAGGAAGCUGUUUUAAAAUGCUUGUGGUCUCACACCAGAUUUUAUCAGUAGCUGCAGGAGCUGACACGAACAUAUCUUUGUGUGGGUUACAGCUAGUGACAGUGGACGUCUUAGGUUUUGCAUUGCGUAUCUGCUUCAGUUUCCAAUAUUUCCCACCUUGCAUUUUAUAUCUACCCUUUGUAAUACUUAUUAUGUAACGUAGCUGUUCUUAACGGUAAUAAAGAAAAAGAAAAGCU